AUGUCAGACUUGGAAGCUAUAAAGGCCCAGAUCCAGAACCAUCUCGUCGAUUCCGGCAACUACGACGUAAUUUCAAAACAGCUCAAGCUUAAACUCUACGAGUGCGGCUGGUUCGACCAAAUCACACAGGUGGCCACCAAUGAGUUGAAGAGUGCAGGCGGGAACGUCAACUUCGACAUGUUGUUGAAGUCGCUCAAGCCUCGCGCCGAGGAGUUGGUUCCUUCCGAGGUCAAGGAGGAGAUUCUACAGAAGAUUCGUGCCUAUCUAGACGAUACGAUCCAGUAG